UUCUUAUAGGCGGUUACCAGGCAAAGCUUUGGAACUAAAGACUUUCGAGCAGCUCUAGAAAACGGAGUCCUGUUGUGCGAUUUGAUUAACAAGAUCAAACCUGGCAUCAUUAAGAAGAUCAAUCGUCUGCCAACUCCAAUAGCUGGCUUGGAUAAUAUAAAUGUUUUUCUGAAAGCGUGUGGAAACAUUGGACUCAAAGAAGCUCAGCUUUUUCACCCAGGAGAUCUUCAGGAUUUGUCCAAUCGAGUUACAGUCAAACCAGAGGAGACCAACAGAAGAGUGAAAAAUGUUUUGAUUACAUUGUACUGGCUUGGGAGGAAAGCUCAAAGUGACCCUGAUUAUAAUGGUCCAUACCUCAAUCUUAAAGCAUUUGAGAAGUUAUUAGGGCAAGCAUUGAGUAAGGCACUCGAAGAGUCCAGCCAGCCAAGCAGAAGUGGCAGAGAUAGUGGGUACGGCGAUAUUUGGUACGUUGACCGGGGAGAGCCUUUCCCAUCUUCAGUUACUCAUAAAAGAGACGAUUCCUUUGAUAGCUUGGACUCUCUUGGUUCAAGGUCCUGCACGAGCUUUUCAUCAGAUAUAACCUUGAAAGGUGGCAGUGAAGGUUGCGACAGUGACAUAGACUCAGAACUGCCUUCCAAAAUGCAUGACUCCCAUAAAGAUGACAGGUCUUACCGCAGGAUUUCGGUGAUUGAACCAAAACCUACCACUGACUUCAACCGUUUCUUACCCAACAAAAACAAGCAGACAGCAUAUGUGCCAGCACCUUUAAGGAAGAAGAGGACAGAGAAGAAUGAGGACAACAGGAGGAGCUGGGCAAGUCCUGUUUUUACCGAGUCAGAUGGAGCGUUUUCAAGUAACCAGAGGAGGCAGAGGCAAUUGGAUACUAAAGGCGAAAACAAACCAAGAGUUAACAGUCCUUCACAAUUAUCUGGGUAUUGUGAUGAGGACGAGGAAGAAGUAGGCAUCCCAAACAUUGAAAAAGAUGAUCUCUAUAUUCGCAAGCUAAGUUCUUCAGCGCCAAAUACAGUUGUUGCUUUUGACAAAUUUCUUCCUAAGUUUUGGACUCCAGAGGAGGAAUUGCUAUGGAAAAAUAUCAAGAAAUCCUCUUUCAAACCCUGGUAUAAAGAGAUUCAAGGGUUCAGUAGAAAGAGAUCAGAUUCUGAAGAUGAGGAAUUUGCUUACAAACAAAGCUAUACUAUUGUUGCUAAUCAACCAAGACCAAGUUUUGACUGGAACAGUAGCUGCAGAAGGGAUCAGAAUUAUAAGCCAACUGCUGAAUAUGUGGGAAGGUCAUUGUCACAGAUUGCAGAAGGAAAAAUCUUGGAGUCUCCUGAUCAGCCCAGUCAGUUUUCGUUACUUCAGGCCCUGCAAAAAUACACUGACUACGUGUCUUCUGAAAUGGAGACCAGAAUUGAUCCCACUUCUGGCCCUAGGCUCAUAAAAUGUAGAAAGAAUGUUUCCUUUAUACCAGGAGGCAAGCAAGGAGAUGAGGAGAAUGGAUAUCUAUAUCCAGAUUUGGAAAAUGAUGAUUUGUUUGUUCGGAAAACUGGGGCUUUCCAUGUGAAUCAAGUUGUUCUUCAAGACCCCCGGUAUUUAAAGAAAUUCUCUGAGCAGGAGCCUCCUCUAGAGGGUGAGAUAAUUCUGCAACCCAGAGAGGGCCAAACUGUGCUUCCAGAUUUGGAAAAGGAUGACAUGAUUUUUCGUAAAGUCCUCUCUCAAAAAAAAGAGGUGCCUUUAUCAGGUGCUCCCGACAAGUAUCACCCAGCACUGUUUCCUGAUCCGUGGAGUCUUCCAGAAGAGAUACGGUCCAAAUUUCUAUGUUUACUUGAAAAAAAUGCGAUACCAGAGGAAAGGAAGAGCAAUGGCAGAGUGCUGUCGCCAUCUUUACACCAUAAGAAGGACGAUAUGCUGACCCGCAAGAUUGAAUCUUGGAAAGUGGGAAGCAACGUCCAGCCAGUAAAUUUUAUCCCAGGUCCAUGCAGUGAAGAAGACUGGAAGAAGUGGGAAGCAAUCAGGGAGGCCAGCAAAGUUAGACACAAGAAACGGCAGAUGGUGGAGAGACUGUUUCAAAAGCUUUCUGAUGAGCAAGGGAGUAAAUCUUUGAAUGAUGUCAGUGCAGAGGAGCUGCAGACACUGCGCAAAAUCCGUUAUGAAGAGCUGCAGAAGAUAAAAGAACAGUUACAAGAGCAAGAUCUAAAGUGGCAAGAAGAUCUAGCAAAAUGGAAGAGUCGUAGAAAGAGUUACACUUCAGAAUUGCAAAAGAAAAAGGAAGAGAGGGAAGAAAUUGAAAGGAGAGCCUCUGAAGUGUCUGGAAGGAGUACCAAGUCACUGAAGGAUAUGCAGCAGGAGAGGGAAGACAGAGAUCAAGAGUCCUAUGAGCAGCAGAAACAGGAGCACAACUGGGCGUCCUCACUGAAUGAUGAUGAUGUGUUCAGUGAAGACAAAGCACCUUCCACAGCAGCAGAAGAUUGGUCAGCAACCAAAGAUCACCGUUUGGAGGAAGAUGCUUCCCACAGCACUAGGGACAGUAAAAGUGUGUACACCACCCAGCCUCCCAAGGAGAGCCUGCCCGAGAGCUCAGCUGCUCGAGAAGCUCCUGCUCCUCCAGAGAGCCUGGAGCGGGAGCAGAGCCCGGUGCUUUUGUCCACUCGUUACUCAGUGAACGCUCAAACUGGGUCAGCUCAGGUUUCAGCUUCUCUCCCGAGAACUUACCAGAAAACCGAUACCUCCAGGUUAACAUCUGUGGUUACACCAAGACCUUUUGGUGUCCACUCAAGAGGAAUCUCGUCACUUCCACGGUCGUUCACGAUGGAUGAUGCUCAGAAAUACAAUGGAGAAGUAGAAAAAGCUAAACGAACUCAAACUUUGUUCACCAGCUUUUCACAACCAGAGUCUGCACACCCUCUCUCCACUGGUGCAUUCAGAAGCAGAGGUGAGGAGGAAGAGGAGGAAAAAGGUGUUCAGUCAACACCUCCUCCCAGUUUGGCAUUACCUUUAAAGCCCCAAGACCAAGAUGCUGGAAGUAGUAUUCCUAAGCCAGAAUAUGGCAUUCCUCCUGAUUCUCUUUCACUUGCAUCUUCUGCAGAAACUGCAACUCUGACGGAGCCUAAGGAUUCAAAAUCCAUGGAACAGUACAGUGAAAUGAGAAUCAGUAUAAACCAGAGACCUGGCCACAGUCGCAGCUUUGGGUUUACAACAAAUUGGAGUUCUUCAGGAGCCAUUGUACAGACAGUUGAAGAAGGCAGCCCUGCAGCACUUUGUCAGCUGCAUGUAGAUGAUGAGAUCAUUGCUGUCAACGGCACAAAGGUUUCCCAUAUGGACCACAGUCAGUGGGAAGAAGCCAUCAACAGAGCACUAGAAACUGGAAACCUGGUCAUGGAUGUCAGACGAUAUGGAAAGAAUGGUACAUCUGAAAAUAAAUGGAUUGAUGCAACUUCGGGAGAAAAAGUUUCAAAUGCUUCCACCAUAUCCACAAAAAGAGAUUUCUCCAGCAGCCUUCAAAGUUCUGAUACAGAAACAAAAUUGAUAAAUGGAAUGCAAGGAGAUCUUGGCUCUAAUGAACAAAGAGCAUCUGAACCUAUUUCUUUGAAAAACUUAAAAAGGCGGUCACAAUUUUUUGAACAAGGAGGCCCAGAGCCUGCAAUGCCUGAUCUCCCAGUUCCCUCCAUCAGUGCUCCUAGCCGUCGGGUUUGGGAUCAAGAGGAAGAGCGAAAACGACAGGAAAAAUGGCAAAAAGAGCAGGACCGUUUGUUGCAGGAGAAAUACCAACGAGAACAAGAGAAACUGAGGGAAGAAUGGCUACGAGCUAAGCAAGAAGCGGAAAAAGAGAGCUCCAAGUAUUUUGAUGAGGAACAGACUGUUCUAACCCUAAAUACAACAUCUAUCACUUCUCAGGCUCCACCUGUGUCCAGCUGGACAGCAAGCCCAGAAGCAGAUGCUCCCAAGGAGCCAGAACGAGAUGGAGAAAACGAGCUGGCAGCGAGCUUGCUGCAUGAGGAGGAAGGAAGGAGGAGGCUUCAGGAGGAACGGAGGACCCAGGAAGAAGCUACCAGGCAUUUUGAGCAGGAACAGGAACUCCAAGAGCUGGAGCUGGAGAGACAGCGUAAAGAGAGGGAGCAGCAGCAGGCUGAGGAGCAGAGGCGGCAGGCGGAGCUGGAGGAGCAGAGGCGGCAGGCGGAAAAGCAGAGGGAGGUGUCAGUGGAGGUGCCUCAGUACCAAAGACAUUACGAGCGCUAUGAAGUAUCUAAAACAAUAGAGGAUAGAGCUGGCCAUCCUGUCAUUGACAGACAUUAUGAGCGUUAUGAAAUUUCUAAAACCAUUGAGGCGCAGCCUGGCCAGUCGUUUGCUGACAGGAAUAAGUCAAAGUCAACUACAGAACUGAAUGAAGUCAACACAAUCAGAAAUGGUACCCAGAGCAAGUAUUCAGAGAGGUCCUGGAACAUGGGUGAGUCGCAGAAGAAACCUCAGAAGGAGCAAAACCUGUCUGCAGCAGAGCUGGAGAGACAGCAAAUCCUUCAGGAAAUGAGAAAGAAAACAUCUCUACACACGGACAGCAGCUGGAUUAGGCAGCGCAGUGCCAGUAUACAUAAGGAGCCCAUUAGUCUGUACAGCAGUAGUAUGAGGAGAGGGGAGUCUUUGGACAAUCUUGAUUCUUCAGGAAUGAGGUCAUGGAGGCACCACUCACGGCUGAACCAGUCUGCAUCCUCUUUAUCUCUAUCUUCUAGUCAAGAUUCUAGUCGCCCGGUGUCCACCUCAAACCGAGCCUACAUGUGCACUCCUUCCUCCAGCAAAGCACCUCCUGUGGCCACCUCUGCAAGAGCCCCCUCCACAUCCCAGACAGCUCCCAGGGCUCAGUCUCCCCUCUCUGCUUCCCAGUCAGGGUCCCAGACACGCAGCAGUGUGUUGCCUGUGGAUGCGACCUUGGUGGAUCCCGCUCUGGAGCUGAAGUCAGGAUCCGAAACAACAAACUCUUCUGCAACGACUGCUAUAUCAGAUUUAAAAGUACAAGUUCAGGAGGAAUUGAUUUACUUACAGAUCUUAAUUAAAAGGUGCAGUAUAAUUUUUUUCCUUCUUAUGGUUUGCAGAAUUCUGAUUUACUGGAGCAUGAUGUUAAGGCUUUUUGUAGUGGUUUUUAGGUCUUCUUUUCUGCUGUCAUAGAUGAUGGUAGACAACUUACUAAUUUUGAUAAGUGUCAGGAGUUUUAUAUGGCUCUUUUUUAAUGUAGCAAAUGUGGAAUUCUAUAGGAUGAUAAAAAUCAGGGGAGGGAAAUAUUUUCUGAAUUACUUCCUGGAAAAAUGUCAGUGUUUCUUUAUGAGCCCGGCACAUUUUUCUCAUGGUGGAUUGGAAGGCAGUGAAGGGAACAGGAUAUUCAUGCUACAGUGUUUGAGCAGGAACUGGGCAGCUGCUGGCUGUGGAACCUAGCUCAGGUAAAGAGAAGCUCUGCAUCUGAUGCCAUUGCUGUUUGGAGGCUCUUUUUGACUUCCAUGAAGGGAAGUCACAGAAAUGAUGAUGUGGUACCCGAGCUAAAACCAGAAAGCGCAACACCUCGUGAGGGUAGUAGCGCAUUCACAGAGGCUGAUGUGAUCAGUGGAAGGAGGAAGAGAAUCACUACCUUCCAUCUGGAGGUGAUCCAGGGCACUGGGUCAUACCAUGUCUAAUUUAAAGUUUGGAGAAUGUAUCUCCUUGUUGAUGACAAGACUACCCUGAACUGACUGUGUUCCUAUUUGAAGCACACAUAUGUGAGAGAGACUCACUGUGGAGUGUGCUCACAUUAUUUUUUUCUGUCUUUUCUUUUGGGGGGAAAUAUUGCUGGAUGAGUUGGAUAAGUAGUUUUAUUGUGGAUGAAUUGCUGUUUAGUCUCCCUUUGACAUUACAGCCCAUCAAGUCACAGCAGUGCCUUUCAGAAGCAGAGCUGAUCUGUGAGGAAAUGUUUGUAUUCCCUUCCCUUCAGACUGCAUCUACCUGGGCCAGUGGGCACCUCAAAACAUUAUUCUAUGAGAUACAAGUAAAAUCAGGAGUUGUAAAAAUUUAUAGGUACAGAACACAGUAUUCAAAUUAGUGAUUAGUCACUGAAAUCAGCUAUUUGAAUAAUACAAAACCCAGCUAUGCAAUUACUGCAGUGCAAAUGUAUUUGGCAGCAUAGCACUGCCCUGUGAUGUGAAUUCCUGUUUUUUGCAGUUGGCAUUUGACAUCAACCUGGCUAAUUAUUUGCUAGUUUGAAAUGUGAGCAUGUUGGCUAAAAGGUUUGAUAAACUGUAGGGUUAUUAAUACUCACUUUGCAAUUUAAUGUAAUUUUAUGUGAUAUUUUCGCACAUUUUUGUGUUAAUUCUGUGGUUUAAACUUGGAACGUUCUAGUGAAACACUGUAUUGGCAAGUACCUACAAAGGUAUGCAGAGAGGAUAAAAAAGUUCUUUAUAUUAUUACAGUAAUUUAGCAAAUUUUUA